CUCGAGCGGCGAGGGUGCAGAGUCGUGCGAAAACGCGGCAGUUUCUUUGCCUUCACAGAGUAGCAAACGCGUUCGUUAACCCAGUCUCCCAAUUCAGAAGGGUUUACUUUAAAAAAAUGGAACAAAUACAACUGACGGUGUCAGGGGAAUGUUCUUCCUGCUUAGGAAAACCAGGCCUUUUUCCAGCCUCCGGGAACGACUGCACUCAUUCUAAACCCUGCAGGUCUGCACCGCAGGCCCGGGCAGGCCUCCCUUGCCUCCCGCCCCCAGCAGGGGUGUGACGGCAAAAUCGGACCUGGCCCAGCCAGGCAAGGGGACGGACAGCUCCGCAGAGACGCGGGGCCUGGCGUGCACCGAGCGCUGGCGGCUCGGGGGACGCUCAGAGGGGUGGAGUUAGUAACCCCAGGCUGCACAGCGAGCCUGCAGCAGAGCCGGGAUUUGAGGCGGCCCAGCUCCCUCCACCCCCUUCCCAGUUCCCCUGACUCGGGGCCGUGGGUCGUGUGGCCUCCACCCACUGCCAGGGUGCCAGCUUUGCGGCACCUGAGCCAGGCCUCUUCUGCGGGCCCGGAGGCCCGUCUGCGCGCCCACCACCACGGGGGAAUGCAUGAGGCCCCGGCCUGUCCCCUCCAGUCUUCAUAGGUUGCCUGCUGCUGUCUGCACCUGUGUUUGGCUACCUGGGCGACCGACACAGCCGCAAAGCUACGCUGAGCAUUGGGAUCCUGCUCUGGUCAGGGGCGGGCCUCUCCAGCUCCUUCAUUUCCCCCCAGUAUUCCUGGCUGUUCUUCCUGUCCCGGGGAGUCGUGGGCACCGGCUCGGCCAGCUACUCCACCAUCGCGCCCACCAUUCUGGGCGACCUCUUUGUGAGGGACCAGCGGACCCGGGUGCUGGCCAUCUUCUACAUCUUUAUCCCUGUCGGAAGGUCAUGCCCUGCCUGGAAGCUGUAGCCUUGGUCCUGCUUAUCGCGCUGGUUCCAGACCCUCCCCGGGGAGCUGCUGAGAAGCAGGAGGAGGUGGCCACGGGGGGCCCGAGGAGCAGCUGGUGGGAGGACGUCAGAUACCUGGGGAGGAACUGGAGCUUUGUGUGGUCCACCCUUGGGGUGACUGCCGUCGCCUUUGUGGCUGGAGCUCUGGGCUUCUGGGCCCCCAAAUUUCUGUUCGAGGCCCGUGUGGUGCAUGGACUGCAGCACCCUUGCCUCCAGGAGCCGUGCAGCAGCCAGGACAGCCUGAUUUUUGGGGCGCUGACUGUCGUGACUGGCAUCAUUGGAGUUGUCCUGGGAGCAGAGGCUUCCAGGAGGUACAAGAAAGUCAACCCUCGGGCCGAGCCCCUCCUCUGCGCCGGCAGCCUUCUGGUCGCAGCCCCUUGCCUCUACCUGGCUCUCAUCCUGGCCCCGACCACGUUCCUGGCCUCCUAUGUGCUCCUGGCCCUCGGGGAGCUGCUUCUGUCCUGCAACUGGGCGGUGGUUGCUGACAUCCUGCUGUCCGUGGUGGUGCCCAGGUGCCGGGGGACAGCAGAGGCUUUGCAGAUCACAGUGGGCCACAUCCUGGGGGAUGCCAGCAGCCCUUACCUUACUGGACUGGUGUCCAGCACCCUGAGGGCCGGGCGCCCAGACUCCUACCUGCAGGCCUUCCUCAGCCUCCAGCAGAGUUUCCUGUGCUGUGCAUUUGUCAUUGCCCUGGGCGGGGGCUGCUUCCUGCUGACGGCGCUGCGCCUGGAGUGGGACCAGGCCCGGGCCCGGGCGCCUGGCACAGGUACCCUGUCCUGCACACCGAUCACCUACGCCAGGAGUGGGGCUGGGCUCCCGGGGGCAAGCCGCGCUGGCCGCCCCCUGAGCCGGCUGAUUUGUUUGUUUUUUAAUUUGCUCAUUCGUUCAUUACGCCCCUGCCAUGUGCCAGACGUAGGGGGGAAACACGGAGUCCAAGCCCUCGUGCAGCUGAGGCUCUAGAAGGUGGAGCCAGACAGGAAGCGCAAGAGAGAGACUGUUCGGGGUGGUCAGUGCCGCAGGGAAGCUCCAAGUAGGCGAGUGGGGGAGAGAGAGAGACACGUGGGGGCAAGUUGAAACUGUUGUCGUCAGGGUCCCCACUGCACAGGUGACACUGACACUGAAGCAAAGGGUUGGGGUGGGGCAGCGAGCCCUGCAGCUAUCUGGAGGAUGGAUCGGCCAGUGCAAAGGUCCCGAGGUGGGAAUGUAGCUGACGUGUUUGAGGCCUGGCAAGGAGGCCAGUGUGGCUGGGGCAGGAACACAGGGGACAGGGGUGGGGACAAAGGUGGCAGAAAGGAGGCCAGAGCCGGCAAUUGAGGGCCUUGUAGGGCCCGUGGCCUUAGCUCUGAGACAGAGCCACUGUGUCGUUGCCACAGACGGACCCCGAGGUGUCUUACUCACCGUGCAGAAGAGAACAGACUGGAGGGUCGGCAGAGAGGUCACGGGAGGCCCUGCCAUCACCGGGGAAAGCAGUGGGGCCAGGACCCUGGUGGUGGCACUGAAGUUUGGGGGAAGGGUCGCAUCUGGAGUUCAUUUUGCCAGCGGAAGCUGGGCCUGGGCCUCCUUGAGGGCUGACUGAGCGUCCUUCCUCCCGCAGGGACCCCGGACAGCGAGGACACGGAGAGGCGAGCCCUGCUUUCUGGCGCGGGCGCCGCCACAGAGGACCCCUGAGGCCCCCGCCCUCCUGCCUGCCUCCCUGCACCCCUCCCGCUGGCCGCUGUAGCAUCAGGGCCCUGUCCC